UGAAAGGUAGACAUUAUACUUUUUCUACAAAAAGACAAACAUAAAAACAAAAGAAAUUGCGAAAUAAUAAUACUCGAAAGCAAAAGUUACUUCCGGUAAUCUCGACUGAUGGAGUCAAAUAAUAAAUAAUAAAGUUACCAAAUUGACUUGAACAUAACCUUGCGUCAAUCUCCGAUUGAUACACGUGCAAUAGUCGGCGGCUAUAUAUUACGGCGGUAAAAACAUAAUUGACGGUUCUGUUUGUUAAAUAAGUUAGCGGUGGUGCAGCAAUGACGACUUUGUUGCCGAAAUCCCAUCAAGAGUUUAGUAAAGCAAAUUAUUGGAACACCUUUUUCAAGAAAAGAGGAAAGAAAACUUUCGAAUGGUAUGGAGAGUUUCCAGAUCUGAGCAGCCACUUACUAAAAUAUAUAAAGCCAAAUGAUAAUGUUGUUAUAGUUGGAUGUGGUAAUUCAACUUUGGGUAUGGAUUUGUACGAUAAUAAUUAUAAAAACAUCAUCAAUAUUGAUUUGUCACAAGUUGUAAUUAAACAAAUGCUCGAAAUGAAUAAAGUGAAGAGACCAGAUUUGAUAUUUGAGGCAAUGGAUGCUACAAAAAUGACCUAUAGUGAUGGAAAAUUUAGUGUAGUGUUGGAUAAGGGAACACUUGAUGCACUAAUGUCUGAUACAAAUGAAUCUACUAUUGCUUCGACAACAAAGUAUCUUAAUGAAAUUAAAAGAGUUUUGAAGAAUAAUGGAAGGUACAUUUGUAUAUCUCUAUUACAAGAACAUAUACUGAAAACUAUCAUUGAGAAUUGUUCUUCAAAUUGUGCUAUACGUGCGAUACGUUGUCAUGAAACUGAAUUAAAAGCAAAAGAACAAGAUGAAAGUCCAAUGCCUGUUUUUAUGGUCGUAGCUACAAAAUUCAUAAAACUUCCUCAACCAAUUGUAGAAAUAGUAUUGACAGAUGGACCAUUGGUAAGACUGUCUAAUCCUGAAGAGCUUAUAAAUAGCAUUAUAUCUAUUCAAGAAUCAGCCUCCUUAUGUAACAAUCUCUAUAAAAGUUGUGUUGCUAAUGAGGGUGAAGUAUCUCUAGAUUUGUAUAAACCUGGUGAUAAAGAACCAAGAUAUACAGUGUAUAUUUUGGAUCAACUUUUAACAAAAGAAAGGAAAACCUAUGCAUGCUUCAUAGUACCACAAGGCAGGGAAAUGGAUUGGCUAUUUAGAACAAAGGAAGGCAGGCAGCAGUUAUCCAAGUCUGUGCAGUAUGACAGAUUAGCUAUUGUAAUACUGAGAAGAGGGCAAAUUUUUGAAAAUCUUAAUACAGUAAAAAAAGAACUUGCAGACAGCAUAAAAAGCUUUGCUCCAGCUGCAUUGAAAAAUCAAAUACCUUUUCUGUCACUAGGCAAAGACAUUGGUACCAGAAAAAUUUUAUACGAGGGUAACAGUAAUAUAAGUGGGCCAUUUGUAAUUGAAGAAAAUGAAACUGAAAAUGGCGUUUACAGGAGAUUGGUAUUUUUAAACAAUCAAUUUGUAAUUCAAAGUGAAGCCAAAUUGAAACAAGUGACCACUAGAAGAAAAAAGUCGAAGUAUAUUGUCGAUCCUCAUUUUGUCGCAUGUGAUCAUCAUCUCUAUAUGACUGUUGGUUUAAAAACUGCUUUACAGACUAAUGAUAAUGGAGAGAUUGUAAUAAUCGGUCUUGGUGGUGGUGGAUUAUGUACUUUUAUUCGCCAAUAUAUGUCAAGGGCAAACAUUACCGCCGUUGAAAUUGAUCCUACAAUUUUUAAAGUAGCAACAGACUACUUUGAUCUUGUUCUAGAUGAUAAAUUAAAAGUUGAGAUUACCGACGGUACGGUUUACCUGCAAAAUUCUGCUAAAGAAGGAAAGAAAUUCGAUGCUAUCCUUUUCGAUGUAGAUAAUAAAGAUCCAAGUGUUGGUAUGAGUUGUCCUCCUAAAGUAUUCAUUGAACCCGCUUUUCUAAAAACGGUUGAAACUUGUUUGUCGGACAAUGGACUUUUCAUACUGAAUCUCGUUGCGAGAAAUGAAACUCUUCGUAACGAAGUAAUUAGCGAUUUAAAGAAAAUAUAUAAAUUUGUAGCCACUUACAAACUAUUGGAUGAUGUCAACGAGAUUGUUUUUUGUGCAAAAAAUGAAAAAGAUUUCAAAGAAUGGAGAAAUUCGGUUGCGGAAUCGGCUAAGAGUAUAAAUUCUCAAGUAAAAGCAAAAAAACCAGAGGCAGAUAACUUUUUUGAAAUUACCUCACUACUUAGUAAUUUGAGUAUUGCUAGUUGAAAGUAAAUUUAAUUUUUAUUAUAACUAAAGAUUAGUG